AUGGCUGGUGGGCAUCGCCCUUCGGGAGCGGGGAGGGCGGCAAGAGGACACGCCGCGGAGGUCCAGGAAGUCACCCCUCCCUCUCCCUCCACUCCCCCGAUCCCUCCACCACUCCUCAACCCCCACCCGUUUUCUACCCCCAUCCCACCGCUCCUCCACAUGCAUCACCGCUUUGCACCGCACAGACAUAUCGAGCGCCAUUCUGCCAGGCAUGACAAUGGCAGAGCUCGGUCCACCAGCGCUGCCGCCAUCUGUGCUGACGCGCUCAUCAGCGCCCUCAAUGUCGCCGGCUUCUCCUGUGCUGCUACCCCUGCGGCGACUGAGCUGGAGGAGGUUGUCAUGGACUGGAUGGUGGACCUGCUGGGGCUGCCCCAUGGGUUCCUAAUGCGGCACCACCUGGCAGGCGUGCACCUGGCGGACUCACUAGUGUCCAACGUCCACAAGUGGCUGCUCACCAGCUUCGACUGCUGCUGCAUGUGGACGCAGGUAGUGCAGCAUGUGGACGCAGGUAGUGUUGCAUGUGGACGCAGGUCGCUGAAGCUGUGGAUGUUGUUGCGCACGUACGGGGUGGAGGGCAUCCGAGCUUACAUCACGCGCCACGUGGCGCUUGCUGAGUGGUUUGAGGAGGCCGUGCGGCAAGAUGAGCGGUUCCAAAUAGUGGCGAUGGGCGAUGAGGAGAUGAGGAGGAGGGGCGUGCAUAAGAGUGGUGGAGAGGGGAGGCCCGCCUGUGUUCCAAGCGGCAAUGGACGAUGGACCGUGCACCGCUGCCUUGCUGCCACCGGGGAUGCCCUGCUCUCGGGCAAGGCACUCCAGGUGAUGAGGCAGCAUGGGGAGGUGUGGGUGGAUGGCAAUGUUGCCACCGCUUCCACUGUUGGUAGAACCGGUAUAGGCAGCAGCAACGGCGGUGGUGGUCUCCCUGGUGGCAGCAGUGCUGGUGUCACGAGAGCAGGUUCAUGGGACGACCAGGGGUCGCAGAGGGACUGA